UGUGCCAUCGCCCCCCCGUCCUAUCACCACCACCACCAUCGGCAGCAGCAGUAUCGGCAGCACGGGUUCCCGCCUGCCUACAGCCGGCUCCCGUACGAGCAGCCGUCCAACGAGCGCUGGAACGCCCGUCUGCGCGUGAGCCCCGCAAAGCCGCAACACAUGUUGGACCAGGAAGAGGUUCACCCUUUGCUGAUGCGCGAGAGGCGCUCCGAGUCGCACAGGAACAAGCUGCUACGCCGUACGGUCAGCGUUCCCGUUGAGGGACGCCCGCACCCCGACAUGCACGAUCAGCGACCUCGUCGGAAGAGCAUCGCCACUGGGAAGCAGCCCAGCAUGGACGUCCCCCCCAACGCCCCCCUCCAACCCUUCCGACAAUCCAGUUUCCUGAGCAGGAGGUUGAAGGGCUCCAUCAAGAGGGCUAAGAGUCAGCCCAAACUGGACCGCAGCAGCAGUUUCCGCCAGAUGAUCCUGCCCCGCUUCCGCAGUGCCGACCAGGACAGGACUCGUUUGAUGCAAAGCUUCAAGGAGUCGCACUCGCACGAGUCGCUGCUGUCGCCCAGCGGCGCGGCCGAGGCGCUGGACCUGACGCUGGACGAGGACGCCGUCAUCAAGCCGGUCCACUCCAGCAUCCUCGGCCAGGAGUACUGCUUCGAGGUGACCACCGCGUCGGGGACCAAGUGCUUCGCGUGUCGCUCGGCGGCCGAGAGAGACAAGUGGAUCGAGAACUUGCAGAGAGCCGUCAAGCCCAACAAGGACAACAGCCGCCGCGUGGACAACGUGCUGAAGCUGUGGAUCAUCGAGGCGCGAGAGCUGCCCGCCAAGAAGCGCUACUACUGCGAGCUGUGCCUUGACGACAUGCUGUACGCGCGCACCACCAGCAAGCCGCGCACCGACACCGUCUUCUGGGGGGAGCACUUUGAAUUCAACAACCUGCCCGCCGUGCGAAACCUACGCCUGCACCUCUACAAGGAGACUGACAAGAAAAGACGCAAGGAAAAAAGCACCUAUUUAGGGCUGGUGAGCAUCCCCAUCUCCAGCAUCACGGGGCGUCAGUUCGUGGAGCAGUGGUACCCCGUCAUCCAGCCCAGCGUCCUGACCAAGGGGGCGGGAGUGGGCGUGGGCGGCGGCGGCGGCAAGAUCAUCAACGCCUCCUUGCGCCUCAAGUCGCGCUUCCAGACCAUGAACAUCCUGCCCAUGGAGCUCUACAAGGAGUUCGCCGAGUACGUCACCAACAACUACCGCACCCUCUGCGCCGUUUUGGAGCCCGUGCUCAGCGUCAAGAGUAAAGAGGAGGUGGCCUGUGCCCUGGUGCACAUUCUGCAGAGCACCGGAAAAGCCAAGGACUUCCUGUCGGACAUGGCCAUGUGCGAGGUGGACCGAUUCAUCGACCGGGAGCACCUCAUCUUCAGAGAGAACACGCUGGCCACCAAAGCCAUAGAAGAGUACCUCAAGCUCAUCGGACACAAGUACCUCAAGGACGCCAUCGGGGAGUUCAUCCGCGCCUUGUACGAAUCGGAGGAAAACUGCGAGGUGGACCCCGUACGGACGCCCCCCUCCGUGCUGCCCGACCACCAGGCCAACCUCAGGAUGUGCUGCGAGCUGGCCCUCUGCAAGAUCCUCAAUUCACAAUGCGUGUUCCCCCGCGAGCUGAAGGAGGUGUUCGCGUCGUGGCGCGUGCGCUGUGCCGAGCGCGGGCGCGAGGACAUCGCCGAGCGCCUGAUCAGCGGCUCGCUCUUCCUGCGCUUCCUGUGUCCCGCCAUCAUGUCGCCGUCACUCUUCAACCUGACGCAGGAAUAUCCCGACGAGCAGACCAGUAGAACCCUCACGCUCAUCGCCAAAGUGCUGCAGAACCUCGCCAACUUUUCCAAGUUCGGCGUGAAGGAGGACCACAUGUGCUUCAUGAACGAGUUUGUGGAGCUGGAAUGGGGCUCCAUGCAGCACUUCCUCUACGACGUGUCCAACGCCGACGGCGCGGGAAACGCCGGCGCCUUCGAGGGCUACGUGGACCUAGGACGCGAGCUCUCCGUGCUGCACGGCCUCCUGUGGGAGGCGGUGGCACAGCUGGGCAAGGACGCCAUCGUCAAGCUGGGCCCUCUGCCGCGCCUCCUGAACGACAUCAGCGUGGCGCUGCGGAACCCGCACCUCCAGCGGCAACCCAGCCACCAAGCAGAGCGACCCCCGUCCCGACCCGCCUUCGACCGCCAGGGCUCCUCCGACUUCCACAACCUCGUCAUGAGGGACCUCAACAGCUCUAUGGACACCAGCCGCCUGCCUUCGCCUACCUCCACCGGCGGGAUGAUGGCGUCCCGCUCGCAAAUGAGUUUUCAGGAGCGCGAGCGCUUCCUCCGGCGAGAGCCGUCCAAGGACGCGUACUACGCGUCCCGCCCCCCGCUGGCCCGCUCCAGUCCGGCCUACUGCACCAGCAGCUCGGACAUCACCGAACCCGACGGCAAGGAUUCCCGAAUGAACAGCGUGUCUAACCUGAUGUCGGUGGACAUGCUCAACUCCUCCCAGGCCUCGGUCGCCGGCACGGGCAGCUUCGGGGGCCCGGGCGGCGGCGGCAGGUUGUCGGGCGGCUCCGGCGGCCUGCGCCUGAGCCGGCUGGCCGCCGUCGACUCGCUGUCCCGGCAGCAACAACUGCAGGCCGCCGCCAUGCGCUACCCGCUUUCCUUCCAGAAUCCCCUCUUUCACCUGGCGGCGACGGCCGACGGGCCCCAACGCCGGCCCCAGCAGCACCACCAACACCACCAGCAUCGCGCUCAGCCCCCCGCGCCCCUGCUGCUGACCCCCGAGCCCGCCGGCUACGUGCCGCAGUUCGCCCACGGUGGCUUCUCUCGCAGCGAGGACCUGUCCACCCUUCGCGCCCGCGACGCCCACCUGACCCAGCCCAGCAUCAUCCACUCGCACAGCUACAGCGACGACUACGGCAGGGCCGACUACGCCCGACGUCAGAUGUCCGUGCACAUGCAGGAUCAUCAGCAUCAAAUGACGGGGGGCCUGACGUCGCAGACGGGCACCUCCCACUCCUCUUUGGCUACCACACCUCCCUCCACUGUGCAACCUCGAGCGCCGCCCCUUCCCGCCCAACGCGUCAAGUCCCAGACGUCCCACCAGCUGUCGGUCGGCGGCGGCGCCGUCCCGGCCAAGUCCCGGCCGCCGAGCGGCAACCUCCUGCAGUCGCCCGAGUCGGCCUUCGGGGGCGGGCGGCAGCAGCUGCCGCGCGGCGGCGGGCUCGGCCGCCAGAUGUCCAGCAAGGACAACGCGGCGCCGGGGCUGCCCCGUCAGCAGAGUUCGGUCCGGGAGUCGGGGAGUCCGCAGGGGACCGGCAGCCCCGCCACGCAGCAGUCGCCCCAGCAGUCCCAGCAGACGCCUGCGGCUCCGCCUCAGCAGCAUCUACUCAAGCCCAACGUCGCAAAACAGGCCAGUUGAGCGCCUUCCGGGUUGACGGCGGGGACGCCGGCCAACGAGCGGACGGUGGCCUGGGUGUCCAACAUGCCUCACCUGUCGGCGGACAUCGAGAGCUCGCGCAUCGACCGCGAGGACUUCAAGCUCAAGGAGUACUCCAAGAGCAUGGACGAGUCGCGCAUGGACAGGGUGCGCGAGUACGAGGAGGAGAUCAACUGCCUGAAGGAGCGGCUGGUGAUGUCGCACAAGAAGCUGGAGGAGUACGAGCGCCGCCUCCUGACGCAGGAGCAGCAGACCAACAAAAUCCUCCUCCAGUACCAGAAUCGGCUGGAGGACAGCGAGCGCCGCCUUCGCCAGCAGCAGGUGGAGAAAGACUCUCAAAUUAAAGGCAUCAUCAACAGACUGAUGGCCGUGGAGGAUGAAAUUCGAGGAGGACACGUCAUUGAGAGCAAAAGCAGGAUUUUCCCCGAUCAGGGGAGACGUCCGUCCAUCCUAGCGCAGCCUCGUCUCGCCCCCGUCCCACCCCGAGUGUCCAGCCACUCGCAAAGCUUCAUGGAGGACAGCGUGGAAGCUAACUGGCUGCUACGCCAACAGCGCCUCGCGGCGGGCUGGCGCAGCCAAAUGUCCCGCGCGCUUUCCCGCGACGCCGUGGGCUGA